AUGGACGCAUUCAAGCUAUUAACCCGGUCCGCCAAGUUCAAGACUGGUGCGGCUUCAUCGUCGGCGCAAACUCUCCCUUCCAAGGGCAAGGCCGAGACUCCCCAGCUUUUUCACAAUGCCGAAGCCGACAGGCUCGUUGCAGAGCAAAACUCGGGGAAAAAGCGGAAAAGGGGCCUUGUGGGGGAUGAUGAGCCCCGAUCUGAAGAUGAAGCGGAUCUAGACUUUUUUGGAUCCGGGAAAGGCUCCUCGGUAGCUAAAGCGGCAAAGAAGGACCAGGUCGAGUCGUCUCACCAGGAUGAUGCUUCUGAAGAUGAAGAGGACGACUCCAUGGAUGAAGUGCAGUGCCGAACUAUUCUCAAUGCGCACAAGAUCAAGGUGACGGAUUUGCGAGACCUAGAAGAGAUUCAGCAGGCGCAAGUACCAACCGAAGAACCCAAGAAAAAGAAGAAGAAGAAGCAGCAGAAAGAGGAAGCAUCUCGGACUCUCACGAAGAAGGAGCAAAAGAAGGCUCGCCGACUGUUCCCGCAACCGCUUGUCUCUUUCAAGGAAUUGCGUGCCAAGUACAAGAUCUCGAGGCGCCUUGCAGAGAACAUCGCAGAACAAGGGUUUACUGUUCCUACGGAGGUGCAAUUGGGAACCCUCCCUCUGCUACUCGGAGAACCUGCCGCGCCCCAGAAGCCAAAGACGGAAGAAACGGCUGAGCCGGAUCUUCUAGUUGUGGCGCCCACUGGAAGCGGCAAAACUCUGUCAUUCUUGAUUCCUGUCAUCAACAAGAUCGUUCGACACCAUCACGAGCAGCAAGAAGAACGGGGAAUUUUCUCCAUCGUUGUUGCUCCAACCAAGGAGCUUGCGGGGCAGAUUGUCAACGAAGGGCGAAAAUUGGUCCAGGGAACCGGCGUGAAGAUCACGCUGAUGAAGAAGGGAAUGCAGGUGGCGGAACGUACGGAUGAGCCUGCAAGUGGUACCGAUGAUGUUUUGAAUGAAGACAGCUCAGAUGCAUCGGAGUCGGAGGACGAAGAAAACACCACGGAAAAGAAGAUCAAGAACAAGGCGGCUGUAACCAAGAGCGAUAUUCUUGUUACAACACCUCUGCUUCUGGUCAAUGCACUUACCGAAAACCGAACAAAGCCCUUGGCUUCUCUGCCCCUGGUGAGGAACAUCGUGCUGGACGAAGCAGAUGUUCUUCUUGAUCCUCUCUUCCGCGAACAGACUCUUGAUAUUUGGCGUGCAUGCACGCACCCAGAGCUUCGUGCGAGUCUCUGGUCUGCUACCAUGGGGUCAAACAUCGAAGAUCUUACCAAAUCGUUGAUUAAAGAGCGUAAAGAUGCUUCUGCUCAAACAAAAUCUUACCCUUUGAUCCGCCUCGUCGUCGGCCUGAAGGAUUCCGCAAUCCCCAACAUUCAACACAAGCUGGUCUACGCUGCAACGGAACAAGGGAAGCUCCUGGGUCUCCGACAGCUGCUUCGUCCCUCGGCAGCGGCAGCCUCCGAUGUGCGUCUUCGCCCACCGUUCUUGAUUUUCACGCAAACAAUCCCCCGAGCUGUGGCAUUGCAGUCUGAAUUACGUUACGACAUUCCUCCUGAGGCUGGUGGCUCUUCUCGGAUAGCCGUUCUUCAUUCCGAGAUGUCGGACGGCCAGCGCUCCGAGAUCAUGAAGGACUUCCGCAAAGGCGAGAUCUGGAUCCUAGUCACGACGGACCUUUUGGCUCGUGGAGUUGACUUCCGAGGCAUCAACGGUGUCGUUAAUUAUGAUAUCCCGAACUCUGCGGCAGUGUACGUCCACCGAGUCGGAAGAACCGGACGAGCUGGUCGCGAAGGUGGCGUUGCAGUCACCUACUACACAAAGGAGGACAUUCCCUACGUCAAGAGUAUUGCCAACAUCAUCGAUGUUAGUGAGAAACUACGAGGCACCGAAGGCGAAAAGUCCGUCCAAAAAUGGCUACUGGAUUCUUUACCCGACCUUAGCAAGAAGAGCAAGAAAGAGCUUAAGAAACACGGCGUCAAGGCCAGACAAACGAACACCAACGCUACGGAAGGUGACAAAAAGCACAACCGGACCAAGAUCAGUACCAAGAGUGGCUUUGAACGACGGAUGGAGAACAAGAAGAAAGGUGCUAUCACAGCCAGUCGCAAUAGGAAGUCUACAGAAAAGCCUGCUGCAGAGCCUGGUGAUAGUGACGGUGGCAGCUGGGAUGGCCUGGAUGAUUAG